UCAGAUGGUUUCGCAAAUCUGCAGGAAGCGUUCUCCGAAGCUUCCUGUUUCAUAGGGGACGUAUUUCUUACAUGAACAAAACAAGCUGAAGUGAGUGAGAUUCUCCAGGUGUAAAUUACAUCUCAUACUCCCUCGUUAAGAAUGAAGAGGUUGCCCUCCAUGUCAGCUUACACAGGAGCCGGUGGUCGGAUGCAGUUUUCCCAAUCAGAAGUGCAAGCUCUGGUCAAGCAGGAGGUUCGCAGCGCAGUUCGAAAGAAUGAAGCCAGACUGCAGUGUUUAAUAGAAACUUUUCAACAGCUGGAUAAUGGGCUCAGCUAUGAAAAGUCCAUUCAAAACCUGGAGGCUCAAAUUAACAGAGUGUCUAAGAAAGCAGAAGCAGCUAUUUCCUACGUGACAAAGACACAAAUGCAGCGUCCACCACGUCGCACUGUUAAUGAAGACAUCAUCUGCAUAGACUCGGAGGAUGAAAGCACUGAAACCACGUCACAGAAUAAAAAAAGCAGGGAUUCUGCUCCCAGGACUGGAGAGGUCAUGAAAAUGAUGAGCACUACCAAAAAGGCUCUAGAGGAGGUGCGUGGAUUUUAUGAAGCUUUGACGACUGCCACAGAAGACUUCGAAAAGAAGCCUCCUUCAGUUUUUACUUCUCAUAACUGGCUUGAGUGUGAGAGAAGCGUGAAAACUAAACCGAAGAAGAGUGUAUGUAAUGUAGCUAUAAAAGCAGAAUUAAAUCAAGAGCAGCCUCCUCAAGUUUGGAGCACAAGUGGUUCUCCUGAGCACAGGAAAACCAUUAAAAAGGAACCAGAGGAGUCUGCAUGGAGUGAAGGCUUUUCACCUGCCCUUGCAGAUUUGCAGAAUCGUCAUCCUCCAGUUCAUGCUCCAAACAGUUCUUCUGAGUGGAAUGGACUUGUCAAGAUCAUAAAGGAAGAGCCAGAGGAUUCACACACAAGGGAGAACAAUAAAGAGGAGUUUGAGGAGCCUGAAGCUAAAAAGGUGAAAGUCGAAUGCGUCACUCCUGAACGUACUAACAGUCCCAGCCACACAGACAGAGACACAGUUCAGCCUGGGAACUCGUUUCCUCGUCUUCCUGACCCCACCUUCCCUUCAGUCCUGAGCAUGGAGGCGGCCUUGUACAGCAUCCCUCAGAAACUAGAAGUUCAGCUGGCCCUCAUCAAGAACCCCACCAGUCUGUCAGUGCUCUGGAAGCUGGCAGAGGAAGUCCCCUCUCCACCACCAAUGGAGAGUUACACGAUCUUUCUGACGAUGGAAAAAACUAAAGGUAGCGGCAUCUUUCCAGACUGGAAGAUCCUUGGCGAGGUGAAGGCCAUCGAGCUACCCAUGUGUGUUCUGAUCAGAAAGCACAAGCCCGGGCACAAGGUGUGUGCUGUCGUGGUGGGCAAAGACAUUUUUGGUCGAUAUGGACCCUACAGUGCAGUUGCAACCGCGGCCAUCCCUGAAUAGCUGGACGGAUGAAAAGGCUUCAAGGAGGAGACGAUAGAAAGAGCUGCUCGGAGUGGGAUUUACUGCUUUGGAUUUUUUUACAUAUACAAAGCAGUAUGUUUAAAUGUGUCAAGAUGUUGUUGUUUUUUUGGGGGGGGUUUAUGACUUGCUGUACUAUGUUUUACACAACACAAAAUUGUUUCUAAACAAUAAAAUUAAUGAUUUUAUGGUUAGUA